CUUUCCCUCCCUUUCGGUCUCCGUCCAACGAGAAAAUCAUUCCUCGUUUUCUCCUUUCCUAGCACUCACGCAAUACACCUCCUUUUUUCGAACCAGACUAACACUAUCUCGGUUUGUGAUAUGCAGGUGAACGGAAAGAUUUCGAGGUAUAUAGUUGCGAUGUAUCCCCGGAUGGGAGUCGUCUCGUGACAGCGGCUGGAGAUGGAUACGUUCGAAUUUGGUCGACAGAAGCGAUUUGCAACACCGACGACCCGCAAUAUGCCAGUAAACCGAAACAGCUGGCGUCGAUGAGCAACCAUUCCGGAACGAUUCACACGGUGCGAUUCUCGCCAAAUGGGAAAUAUCUGGCCUCGGGAGCCGAUGAUAAGAUUGUGUGCAUCUAUACAUUGGACGCGAACCCGCCGUCUCAUGCGUCGACGUUUGGUUCGAACGAGGCGCCUCCUGUUGAGAACUGGCGCACGAUUCGGAGAUUGAUCGGUCAUGAUAACGAUGUUCAGGAUCUGGGUUGGUCGUACGAUUCUUCGAUCUUGGUGUCGGUUGGGCUGGACUCGAAGGUCGUGGUAUGGUCCGGAACGACGUUCGAGAAGCUCAAGACUCUUUCUAUCCACCAAAGUCAUGUCAAGGGGAUUACGUUCGAUCCGGCAAAUAAGUACUUUGCUACGGCCAGCGAUGACCGUACGGUUCGCAUCUUCCGAUUCACGUCUCCGGCUCCAAAUUCCAGCGCUCAUGACCAAAUGAACAACUUCAUCCUUGAACAGACUAUUUCUGCACCCUUUUCCAAUUCCCCCUUAACGGCCUACUUCCGCCGAUGCUCCUGGUCUCCGGAUGGUAUGCACAUCGCUGCUGCCAAUGCGGUAAACGGUCCCGUCAGCUCUGUUGCGAUCAUCAACCGGGGCUCGUGGGAUGGAGAUAUCAAUCUCAUUGGGCACGAAGCGCCGGUUGAAGUUUGCUCCUUUUCUCCGCGGUUGUAUUCGCCCCAACCGCUCACCAAACCGGCGGUGGAUAGCCAAGGCCAUGCGGUGCAGAACGCCGUCACGGUUAUUGCCUGUGCGGGCGGCGAUAAGUCGCUCAGUAUCUGGAUCACUAGUAACCCUAGACCUAUUGUGGUUGCACAGGAGCUAGCCGCCAAGUCCAUCUCCGACCUCGCAUGGAGCCCGGACGGCAAAUGCCUCUAUGCUACUGCCUUGGACGGCACGAUUCUCGCGGUGCGGUUCGAGGACGGGGAUUUAGGCUAUGCGAUGGCGAUGGAAGAGAAUGAGAAGUCACUUACCAAGUUUGGCACGAAUAGGAAGGGUGCGGGCAUCACAGAGACCACAGACGGCCUGCUGCUUGAAGAGAAGAGCAAAGCCGGGGAGAUCAAAGGUGUUGAGGGCCGCAUGGGGGCUUUAAUGGGUGAUGAUCACGCUGCGGCAGACACCACCGUCAAUGGCAAACCGGGCUCGGGGGCAUCGAACGGUGUGACACCGGCACGAGUAGCGUCUCCUCCGCCAGAUGCACAAAAGUCUCAACCGAACGAGACUGCAGGAACGCCCGCGGCGCCAGAACCGGAGAAGCCUGAUCCGUACCAGGCCAAGCUCGAGAGGCUGAAGCAGCGUCCGACAUAUACCAAGGAUGGAAAGAAGCGAAUCGCUCCUCUGUUGGUGUCUGGUGCAGGAGCGGCCGAGUCCUCUCUCCCACAAGCUCGGCUGAUGGCCUCGGUCAGCAGCCAGGUGAAGGCCGACACCCCACAAUCGAUUGUGGACCUCUCCAAGCCAUUUGACGGUCUACCCAAGGGUGGUCUGGCAGCCCUUCUCUUCGGAAACAAGCGCAAACUCGCCCAGCUGGAAGGCGAUGAUGAUGGACAUGUUGAGAAGCGCGUGGCGCUGGCCAGUCAAAACGGCGCCACCCCGAUUCUGGCAAACACGCCCGAUGGCCUCCUUCCUGCGCAACCGCAGCCUGCUCCCACCGGCCAGCAGCAAACCCCCGAGUUCAUUCGGCCCGCCGUGAUGAAUCCCUGCAUGUCUAUCAGCCAGCUUCGGUUGGCGGUUCCAAAGAUCCGUAGUCAGAUUGUACGAGCGAUUGAUCCCACCGGAAAGCCGACGGAGCCGCCCAAUGCGUCCGGCGAGUCCAACAAGUCGCGGGUCGAUGUUGUUUUCGAAGCACGCAAUCCAUCUCCGGCCAGCUUGACGGGGCGGGCGGUCGAUCGAGAGCCAGUGCGGCUCACGCUCUUCCGUGGCGAGCAGCCGUUGUGGCAGGAUUUCCUUCCCCGGACUGUCCUUCUGGUGACAGGUAACCAGAGCAUGUGGGCGGCGGCCUGCGAAGACGGAUCGGUGUACAUCUGGACGCCAGCCGGCCGUCGGCUGGUCAGCGCUCUUGUCCUUGAGGCACAACCAGUGAUUCUCGAGUGCAAUGGCCCAUGGAUUCUCUGCAUCUCCGCUGUAGGCAUGUGCUACGUCUGGAACGUGAAACAUCUUUCCUCUCCACAUCCGCCCAUCUCGUUGCAGCCAGUGCUUGACGCUGCCGUCCACACGUUAGGCGCACACCCCACAGCUGCACCAGCCAUCACGAACGCCCGGAUUAACUCCGAAGGUCGAGUGGUGGUUGCCUUGUCUAAUGGCGAGGGCUAUUCUUACUCACCGUCCAUGUACACCUGGCAGCGGAUUUCCGAAGCCUGGUGGGCUGUCGGUAGUCAGUACUGGAACACCACGGAUGCACCAGUGGGCAACCUCCAGUCGACGGACUCGCAACAGGAUAAAGACGCCAAGGCAGCGGUGUCGGCUGGGAUUAUUCCAUUCCUGGAGCGCAACACUACUAACGAGACACUGCUGCGUGGGCGUGCCUACUUCCUUCAGCGAUUAAUCAAGGUGCUUCUAUCGCGGGAGGGCUACGAGAGCUUCGAGUCCAGCGUCUCCAUUGCACAUCUGGAGAACCGACUCGCUGCCGCACUGUCCUUGGGCGCCAAGGAAGAGUUUCGCCUCUAUCUGUCGAUGUACGCUAAGCGAAUCGGAGCUGAAGGGCUGAAGAUGAAGGUCGAGGAGCUCCUCAAGGGGUUGAUCGGCGGGCUAUUCGAAGAGGACGACACGGGCACCAUCCGUCGGUUACAGGACAACGAGCAGGAUGACCGAAAUUGGCGCGAAAGCUCAGAGACUCUCUGUGGCUGGCCACGGGAGGUGUUAUUGAAAGAGGUUAUCCUUGCCCUUGGAAAACAUCGUGAUCUCCAACGCGUAACGGUCCCCUAUGCUAAACUCUUGGGGGUGGUGGACAACGAGUCUGAGGCCGGUGAUGCCAUGGAAACAUAAGCCGUGGUAUCACUUGGGAGCCAUCUUCAUUUCUGUUUGGCGUUAUCUUGGCGUUGACUCGGUGCUCCUUUUUCUCGUCUGAAAUGGCUGGACGUAUGGGCUGGAAGGGAUGGGGAGGGAAUUAUCAUCGUGAUUUACACUACCUUUCGUGCUUUGUAUGUACCAUAUUAGUUAUUGUUAUUUGGCGAUGUGUCUACUUGAGUGGUGCUUGUCUUUAUGUCGUCAUCCUUGCAGCCUGGCUAACAUCAUUACUCGUUGCCAGGAAGCGGUGCACCAUGCAGAUACCAGGUGAUCCUUCUCUCUAGCGCUGCAAUCAUUACUGUUCUUAUGGUGCUACGACUGCUGCGACUGCGGUUACUGUCUGGAAUUCCUAGAAUUAGAUCCAACCACCUUCCAUAUCAAUUGGAUCUC